AUCAUCGUCGAAUAUCUCCAUUAAUCAGCAUGUUUGUUACUUUUGCUUAAAUCAACUGGAUAAGAAAGUUGUUUUAGAAGAAAGUAACAUGUGUCUUAAAGAUCAAGAGAAAGAAGCCCGCAGCUUGGCAGUGAAGUAUGCUGUAAAUAUUUUGCAAAGACCAGGCCAGCUGGAAAAAGUAAGUCAAUAUAAGAAGAGAACGUAUUUGAAAAAGCUUUCCAAUGAAGCAGUUUUGAAGACUGCUAUGCAGAGUCAACUCGAUGGUGUCAUCGUUGGGAUGAAUCAACUUGAUGCUGCUCUAAGAAAUCUUGUUGAUGUCAGAGAAAAUUUGCAAGGCAUUGAAGAAUUGUUACGUCCACUCCCAGCUCUAGGCCCCAAAUUACAAGAUGUCAAGGAAAAAAACAUGAGACAUUCUCAGUAUGUCACAGCCAUUGAAAAUUUGAAACAUUUAUUCACUGUUCCAGAAAGUGUUCAGAAAGCCAAACAAUGGAUAAAUGAAGGCAAAUUUUUACAUGCCCAUCAGAGUUUAAUGGAUUUGGAAAAUUCAAGAGAUGACCUCUUGUUUGAACUCUACAAAUUACCCAAUCAAGCUCCUGCUGAUCAAGUUCUGCUGAAAGCAUAUUUUGAAGAUGUUGAGGAUGUGUCACAGUCUCUCGGAAAACAACUGAAAUUAGUUCUCAGCAGAACACUCAAUACUGUGAGGAAGGAACCAACUGUGAUCGUUACUGCACUCAGAAUAAUUGAAAGGGAAGAGAAAGCAGACGCUUUUUGCCUUCAGCGACAAAAACAAAGUGGUUUUCUGCCGCCGGGAAGACCAAAGGCUUGGAAAGAAAUGGCAAUGGAAGUCUUUGAAAAAUCUGUCGCCACACGAAUUGAAGGGACGCAAGUUGAUGAAAGAUCUAGCAAUAAAAUGUGGCUUGUUAUGUAUUUAGAAUUCACAAGACAACUUAUACUGGAAGACUUGCGUGUAGUCAAAACUUUAUGUGGACCUUGUUUUCCUCCAUGGUAUAACAUUAUCGACAAGUUCGUGUUUAUGUAUCAUAAUUGCCUUUCAAAACAUUUAGAAGAAAUUAUUGCUCAAGGUCUCAAGGGGAAUGAAUAUGUCUCAAUUCUUUCAUGGACAAUAAAUACAUAUCCCGGCAGUGAACUUAUGCGACAUCCAGAACUUAACAUUGAUACCUCUACUAUGGGUCCUCUCCUGCGACCAGCGAUCAUUGAACAGUUGCAAUGCUCAUAUCUAGAGUAUAUGGAAAAUAACUAUGUGGAAUGGAUGCAGAAAACUCUAGAGACAGAGAAGCAAGAUUGGAGUGCUGGAGGAACUCAGGAAACUGGUGCUGAUGGAGCAUUUUAUACUGCUGCUCCUGUGAUAGUUUUCCAAAUGAUAGAUCAAAAUUUACAAGUAACAAACACGAUCAGUCCAGAAUUGACCCAUCGAGCUUUAAUUUUAAGCAUGGAACAAGUUAUCAAAUAUGGCAAUAUGUACCGAGGUGCAAUUAUAGAAUUCAAGAAAAAACAUUUUGAAGAUCGAAGUCAGAUGCCGUAUUUUACAAACUUAAUGAUCACCAUUGUGAACAAUUGCUUACAAUUCGUUGAGUUGGCGGAGCAAAUGGCCAGUCAUUACUGGAGGAAAGAUACACAUAACAGUCAAGCAAAAAUGAAACAUGAUGCACUAGUCAAAACAUUCCAGGAUUUACGAUGUGAAGCCGCUCAAUUUUUGUUGGAAGAGGCAUUCCUGGAUCUAGAGUCUCAUUUCCAAGACUUAAUCACGCAAAAGUGGGUUAGCAGUUCUAUUCCAAUUGACACUAUUUGCGUCACUCUAGAAGAUUAUUUCCAGGACUACAGUCAUCUACACCCGAAAAACCUGGAGUAUGUUGUACAGAUAGCUGAAGAUCUAGUUGUUCAAAAGUACAUUACUGCCAUGUUGCAAAGAAAAAUCACUUUUAAAACUUAUGAAGAGCGCAAAGCAGCAGCUCUGAAAAUGGCCAAAGAAGUUGAACAGCUUCAAUUUUUCACCCACAUUUCACCAAAUAAGUCCAAACGGACUGAAUCGCCAUUGAAUGCUAUCAUCGCUUUAUCAGAGGUAUUGAAAAGUGAAGAUCCUGAAAUUCUCUCUCUAGAUCUUUUAACCUUACUGAAUAAGUAUCCAGAUAUCACAGAAGACCAUCUGGCAAGAUUAUUGAGCUUAAGAGGUGAUUUAUCAAGGUCUGAUAUUAGAGAAAAAAUAAGUUAUGCCCUCAAGCAGAGGAAUAUUACCGAGAUCUCUUUGAAACGCAGCAUUUUCCAUCAAGUACGGUUAUAAUUUUCUGCUUCAAUUUUUUAAUGAAGGUGUUCAAAAAUCGAAUCUAUGUUUCAUUCUCCUAAAAUUUAACAUUUGCUGUGUUUCAUGCAAUGACCAUUACAGAUCUCUUGUAGUGAGUGUGUGAUGAUGUUAUGGUAUCAAAUAGUUGUUUACAUAGAAUACUACACAGUAUUGUUUGAUUACAUGAUUGGAAGCUGAAAAUCAUUGCCGUGUGGGGUAAUGUAUCGAAGAGCGUUACAUGUCACUUUCAAAGAAUCUGUUGUGAAGUGUAAUAAGAGCGGCGUUCUCCUCACAAAUUUAAAUCGAACUUGGGAUUAAUCCUUGUAAUCAUUGUAGAACUGAAGCCCAGGAUUUCCUAAGUAAAAUUGCUACAUAGUCUGUCAACUUAAAGCUCAGAUUGUGGAUGAUUAAAGCUAUGGAAUUUCUCUGAACUAAAUGUUGUGUUCUACAAACUCGAAACUAUCAGGACUCUAGUUUAAUUCAAUGUCACAGACAUCGUUUGUAUGAAAAUGUUUGUAAAACACUAUUUCAAGAAAUGGCACUAGUAUUUCAUUUUGAAUUUCCUGGCAUUUAGGCUCCGUCUCCCAUGGGGAUUCUAUUUUAAAAAAUAUUUCCGCUUAUAGGAAGCUGGUCCACUGUUAUGGCUGUUUGAUUAAUUUUGAGCAUCCAGUAUAUGAAGAAAAUGCCUUUCAAUUGUAAUUUUAUGAAAGCAUAUUUUAAUUUGCAUCGAUGAAGUUAAAGAACAAAAAAUGAAGAAUAAAUGCGGUUAACAGUC